UUAUACAUAAAGUGUUUGAGAGACUGCGUGAAGGAUUGUAGGAGAUGUGGACAUAUUUCGAAGAAUUUAAACUGAGAGCUACUUGCGGGUUAAAUAUCAAGACGCGGCGGGAGCGGAGGUGGGGAUACUACUGAUUUUCAUCCCACCAACCUGGAUGGGGCUUAUAAUGUGAUAUCUCGAUGUCCACAGAUCGUUGCUGCUUGCAAAACACCCUGCAUGUAGAACAUCCAAGAUCUAUCCUAGUGUCUCCAUGAUGGCUUUCAUUGGGCUCCCCAGAAGAGGGUCAGACGACUCGGCGGGCUCCAGCUGCAACCUUCUCUAAUGCAAGGCGAAUGUGACGGUAACGGGUUAAUACGUUGAACCACCAGCCAGUCUCUCGUUUAUAUAAACAACCUCGAGGUUCGAUGGGGGUGGUAUACUGCCAAGCAAUUCUCGUUGUCCUCUUUUCCCCUUUCAGCCUCCAAAAAUAAACCCCAGAAGCAUUCCAAGAUGGCCGAAGUCCCUGUUAUCCAAAUCCUCAACAAGAAGGAUUACUUCAAACAGGCCUUGGUGCCUAUUCCCGACCCCCUACCCCCUCUAGGGGAGUCGUCCCUACGGAUUCGGACGGAGGUCAUCUCUCUAACCUCUAACAACUUUACCUACUGCAAAUUGGCCGACAUGGCCGAUUGGUGGGGUAUCCACCGAAUCCCGCCCACGGCCCCGGCACCAUACAACGAUGAUUCCGUUUACGGCCGUAUCAGCGCCUGGGGCUACGCCAAGGUCGUCGACUCUACAUUUCCCAGCGUUCCCAAGGGAAGUUACGUCUGGGGAUACCUCCCUAUCGGUACUCUGCCCCUAGACUUCCAAGUCAGGGAGACCGGCGCCCCAGGCCAGUUCUUCGUCACGGAGCCGUACCGGAAAAAGCACCUGAACUUGUACAACCACUACUUCGUCUUCCCGGAGUCCACAUCUAAGGAAAUUCAGGCUAAGACCGAUGCCAUCGCCUACGAUGCCUUGUUCCGCGUCAUGCACCUGACAGCGUUCCUCAUGGCCGAGUUCAUGUUCUCUCAGGACCCCAAGCAGUCCGUCAACCUAACCCCGGAACAGGCCGAUCUGACAGACGCCACCGUCAUUAACUUCGCGCCCGGCUCCAAGGUCGGCCUAGCGUUCGCGCGCGCCCUACGGACAAACCGUACGGCGUCGAAGCCGGCACGCAUCGUGGGUGCCGCAAGCGAGUACUCACAGGCGUUUGUCAAGAGCACAGGCCUAUACGAUGCGGUAGAGGCGACGAGCGCGGACCCUCUCGAGGUAGCCUCGCGACUAGGCAUCUCCAAGGACAGCAAGAUCGUGAUCGUCGACUUCGGUGGACGUAACUAUGUGCAGUGGAAGUGGGCAGCAGCCCUGGUAUCUGCGUACCCGCGGGUGCAGUUCAUCGUCGUAGGCGCCGAGGUCUCGGAGCCAUCGGCCGCAGUGGCACCCGACGGCAAACCCCCAAGCAACCUCGACAUCUCCCAGGUCAUGGCCGACACGCAGCAGAACCAGGCUAUCGCUAAGUUCGGCGAGAAGGAGUACUACGCGCGCGCGGACGCGGCGUGGGAGAGUCUCCGCAAGGAAGGCAUCCCCGGUGUUAAGCUCGUCUGGGGAGAGGGCAUGGAGUCGGUUAGGGAUGCGUGGGAUAGGUUUGCUAAGGGUGAGGUUUCUUCGGAGGAAGGACUUGUCUUUAAGAUAUGAGGGGACAGGAAGGUCAUUAAUAAGCUAUGAUAAUUAUCGAAGCUACAAGCUUGGGCGAGGGUGAAUACAGGUACCUAUGUAUGACCUUCUCACCUAUCGAAUUCUACAACUUAGAGCUUAAGUACCU